AUAGAAGACGAACUAGCGUGGUCCAGAUAAGAUAGGACGAUUUCAGACGUCAUACCAUAGAUAAACGAACCUACGUAUACCGAUAUAUACUUGUUUAUUAUCAUUUUAAAGACACCUGUUGGUCACUGAACAAGUUUAAGAAUAGCACUCCAAAAGACAUCAUGUUUCAAAUAUUCGCAGUUUGUCUUUUCACAUCAAUGGUAUUUGGUAAUCCAAUUACAAAUAACAUCGAGGAUUUGGUAACUAAGAAAUACAAUGAAGUUUUGAAUCAAGAAAUUGAAAAAGGAAUUGGUUCCACUAAAAUUUUAGAACUGCCUCACAAGAUGCAAGAGUUUUUGAAAAACGUAGGAGAAUAUCAGCUCCCAUUGGUACAAAGUCAAAUAAAAGAAGAAGUGAAAGAAUACAGUAAUGACGUGAGACAAUUUGUCGAGGGUGAAGUUAAGAAUUAUAUCGAACCCCUGAAGAUUUCUGAGUUUGUAUCCAACCAUCUUCGUCGCCACAGGCGUGAUGAUGAUGAGAUGCCCAACUACUUGGAUCACUUCUAUGGCGGACUUGGCAAAUAAAGAGUAUCCCAAAAUGGUGACGGAGGACACGAUCUAGAAUAGAAAACAGAUAUAACAUAUAAAAUGUAACAAUAAAUAUGAACAAUUAUUCUAUUUUAUAGGCAAAUAGAGACAAUAAAUAUGUACGGAAGAGAGAUCUGAUGUAAAGGACUGUCAAAUAAUU